UCAAGUGAAAAUCUUUGUGUAUUUGAUAUCUUGAGUAGUCGAUGGCAGCUUAUAGCGCGGUGAUUUCUCUUCUUCAAACACUUGAGCAAUUUCAGCAGAGAAAUCCAAACCUCGUUCAAGGUCAAACUGCUAAAACGCUCGAAUCCCUUCAUGAUACAGCUCAAGAUUUUCAAAAUGUUGUUGAUGAAGCUAGCAAGAGUAGAUUUGAUCUCGAAAAAACCAAGUCUUUGGAGGAAAUAAUAAGAGAUGCUGCUAGUUAUGCAGAAAAUGUUAUUGAAAUGAGCUGGACAUGUGGAAAUGCAUCUGAAAGUUCACUAAACAAGACUUUUCUACUGGUUGUUGAAAGAAUCGAUACAAUAAAAAAGGAAGUGAUGGAGAUUGUUUCUGAUUUUAGCACUAGCACUCAUGAUAUUGAAGAUGAUCAUAUUCUUGAAUCUGCCGGAGAUUCAUUGAGUGACACUUCUAGAAGUAAUCGAAUGCUGCAACAUUUGGAAGAUGGUAUCGUGCACGGACUAGAUGAUGACUUGGAGAUAAUAGUUGAAAGAUUGAAAGGAGCAAUGUCGGAUCUAGAUGUUGUCACAAUAUCAGGCAUGGGUGGCAUUGGCAAAACAACACUCGCUAGAAAAGCUCAUGAUCAUCUAACAAUCAGGUAUCAUUUUGAUAUUCGUGUUUGGAUUACAGUAUCUCAAAAGUAUGGAAGUAGAAAUGUGUUGUUAGAAGCUUUACAUUGCAUUUCAAAACAAAAAAAUAUUGACAUUGGAAAAGAUUAUGAUGAAAAGGAUGACAACGAGUUAGCCGACUUGGUGCAGAAAAAACUAAAGGGUCCAAGAUACCUUGUUGUUGUUGAUGAUAUUUGGAGUACGGAUGUUUGGGAUAACAUAAGAAAAAUAUUUCCCAAUUGCAACAAUAGGAGUCGAAUCUUAUUGACUACUAGGGAAACAAAUGUAGCAAUGUAUGCAAAUCCUGUUAGCCCUCAUAAGAUGAACCUCUUGAAUUUAGAAAACAGUUGGAACUUACUUUGUGAUAAGGUGUUUGGACCAAAACAUGAUUUCCCUCCCGAGUUGGUAGAAAUUGGAAAGAAAAUAGCAGAAAAAUGUCAAGGACUACCCUUAACAAUUUCAGUGAUUGCGGGACAUCUCUCAAAAGUGGCCAGGACAUUAGGAAGUUGGAUGGAUGUUGCUCGAACUUUAGGUGAAAUCAUUGCUAGUCAUCCAGAUAAAUGCUUAGGAGUGCUCGGUUUGAGUUACCACCAUUUGCCUAAUCACCUCAAACCCUGCUUUCUUUCUAUUGGUGGUUUUCCGGAGGAUUAUCAGGUUGAGACUUGGAGAUUGAUUCGAUUAUGGAUCGCUGAAGGUUUUAUUAAGAGGCCGGGAAGUGAUAAAAGCUUAGAGAAAGCGGCAGAAGAUUAUUUGGAGGAUCUUAUCAGCAGGAAUUUGAUAAUGGUUAAGAAAAAAAGAUUCAACGGUGAGAUAAAAGCAUGUGGAAUGCAUGAUCUGCUCCGUGAAUUCUGUUUGACUGAAGUUGAAAGAACAAAGUUUAUGCAUGUUGAGAUAAGUGACAUAGUCCCUACUACUCUUUCAACACAAAAGCAUAAUCGCUUCAGUUUUCAGAUUCAUGGUAACUUAGAUGAUCAUUGUUUCGACAUAUUACCCUCCGUUGCUAGAUCUAUCUACUUAUAUCCGAAAAAUCGAUAUUUUGCAAAUCUUAAAGUUUUCUCCCAUUUCCACCAUCUCAGGGUAUUGGCCAUUUUCCUUGAAUAUGGAAGUUCUUGUUCAUUUCCACCAGAAAUUACAAAGUUAUGUCAUUUGAGAUAUCUCCAAUUUCGAUCUUUUGAUAAUCUUCCUGCAUCAAUCUUAAAGCUUCGGAAUUUGCAAACUCUAAUUUUUGAGAGUCAACAUAAAUAUACACCAGUUUUACCAGAGGAGAUAUGGAUGAUGAGGAAUUUAAGGCAUUUACAUGUGAGGAAAGCCUGCAUUUUACUACUUCCUAGUAGGAAAAGUAUCUUAAAUUUAGAGGAACUUUCUAACUUAUGUUUCUCCUGUUGUACAAAUAAAAUCUUUUCUAGCAUUCCUGAUCUAAAGAGAUUGAUCGUCCAUCAUCGAUAUUCAUCUGCUUUUUCAGUCAAUAUGUCCAACUUGACAAAACUCGAAGCAUUGAAGUGUGUUAGUAAGUGCUUUUGGUUUUCAACGCCUCCGAUCUCCAUCAAGCAGUCUUUUUUCCCAACAUCACUUAAGAGGCUGACUUUAGACGGCGGGUUUUGUUUUCCUUGGGAAGAUAUUUCAACUCUUCAUGUCAUGUUGCCGAAUCUUGAAGAGCUCAAACUUAAAGAUCACGCUGCCAACGAUCGUGUAUGGAGAUUAAGUGAUGAAAACAAAUUUGAAAGCCUUAAGUAUUUGUUAUUUCAUGGCCUUAAUCUUAAGCACUGGGAAGCUAGCAGCAAUAACUUCCCAAAUCUAAGACGCCUUGUUCUGAAGAAAUGCACCAAACUUAAUGAAAUUCCAAUAGAUUUUGGGGAAAUUUGUACUCUGGAGUCGAUUGAGUUAUAUCAAUGUGGCGUUGGUGCUGAGGAGUCUGCAAGAAAGAUUGAACAAGAACAAGAGGACAUGGGAAACAAUUUUCUUAAGAUCUUCAUCCAUGGGAUUGAAGCUUAUUUUGAGGGACGAUCUGGCGUUAUCUAG